CCGCUGGGUACUGAGAACUCACCUAGGAGCUGUUUCAAUGUGUACCACGGGAUUCCUUUCAUUUUCUUCUCCCACACCUUGCAAAAAGCACAAUGUCUCAGGAAGGUGAUUAUGGGAAGUGGACAAUAUCCAGUAGCGAUGAAAGUGAGGAGGAAAAGCCCAAACUGGACAAGCCAUCUACCUCUCUUCUCCUCGACGUUGGGCAGAGAGCAGCACCUGAGCCGAGGUACACCUGCUCCGAGGCUAGGAAAGCUGCCCGCAGAGGGAAAGUAUCACCUGUGAAAUUCAACACAGAUUCAGUUUCAGAAGUUUCACCUCCCAAAAGGCAGAAGAGUGGUUCCCAAGAAGACCCGGGCUGGUGUCUCUCCAGCAGUGAUGACGAGCUGCAGCCGGAAACGAAGCAGAAGCGGGCCCAGAAAGUGGUCGUCAAAGAGGAGAAAGAUGUCUCUUUCCCCAAACACAGUGCUGCCCAGAAAACUGGAAAUCAUGGACCUCCCACCCCCCACAGGCUCAAAGAGGAGGAAGACCAGUAUGAGACCUCAGGGGAGGGCCAGGACAUUUGGGACAUGUUGGAUAAAGGGAACCCCUUCCAAUUUUACCUCACUCGAGUCUCGGGAAUCAAGCCCAAAUACAACUCCAGAGCCCUCCACAUCAAGGAUAUUUUAUCUCCUCUCUUUGGGACACUUGUAUCUUCAGCUCAGUUUAACUACUGCUUUGACGUGGACUGGCUCAUAAGACAGUAUCCACCGGAGUUCAGGAAGAAGCCCCUCCUGCUUGUGCACGGUGAUAAAAGAGAGGCUAAGGCUCACUUACAAGCGGAGGCCAAGCCUUAUGAAAACAUUUCUCUCUGCCAGGCAAAGUUGGAUAUUGCAUUUGGAACACACCACACGAAAAUGAUGCUCCUGCUGUAUGAAGAAGGCCUCCGGGUCAUCAUCCACACCUCCAAUCUCAUCCAUGAGGACUGGCACCAGAAAACUCAGGGAAUAUGGUUGAGCCCUUUGUACCCACGAAUUGCCCAUGGAACCCACAGGUCUGGGGAGUCAACAACACAUUUUAAAGCAGAUCUCAUCAGCUACUUGAUGGCUUAUAAUGUUCCUCCUCUCAAGGAGUGGAUAGAUGUUAUCCAGGAGCAUGAUCUCUCUGAAACAAACGUUUACCUCAUUGGAUCAACACCAGGACGCUUUCAGGGAAGUCAGAAAGAUAACUGGGGACAUUUUCGGCUUAGGAAGCUUCUCAGAGAGCAUGCCUCAGCCGUACCCAAAGCAGAGUCCUGGCCGAUGGUAGGUCAGUUUUCGAGCAUUGGCUCCAUGGGGGCUGAUGAAUCAAAAUGGCUGUGUUCUGAGUUUAAAGAGAGCUUGGUGACGCUGGGGAACGAGAGCCGGACUCCGGGGAGAAGUGCCAUUCCUCUUCAUUUGAUCUAUCCCUCUGUGGAAAAUGUGCGAACCAGCUUAGAAGGCUAUCCAGCUGGGGGCUCUCUUCCCUAUAGCAUCCAGACAGCCGAAAAGCAGAAUUGGCUUCAUUCCUAUUUUCACAAAUGGUCAGCCGAGACAUCUGGCCGCAGCAAUGCCAUGCCGCAUAUUAAAACAUACAUGAGACCCUCUCCAGACUUCAGUCAAAUCGCUUGGUUUCUUGUCACAAGUGCGAAUCUGUCCAAGGCCGCCUGGGGAGCAUUGGAGAAAAAUGGCACCCAGCUGAUGAUACGCUCCUAUGAACUUGGGGUCCUUUUCCUGCCUUCGGCGUUUGGCCUGGACAGCUUCAAAGUGAAGCAGAAAUUCUCCUCAGGGAGCCAGGAGCCAGCAGCCUCCUUUCCCGUGCCGUAUGAUCUGCCUCCAGAACUGUAUGGAAGUAAAGGUAAGACGCAGGUGAAGGAGAUUUUCCAUGGGCAGGCUGGCACAGGGGGCACCUCCAUCCCAGCCGUGGUGCUGCUGUGCCUGGCCCAGAAUGUCUUUGAGAUAGAGGCCUACACAGGUCGCCAAAUUAAAAUCUACACCUUUUGA